AUGGACUUGCGUAAACUCAGUGCCCGCACUUCUGUACCGGCUAACGCCACUGUGUCGGAUGCCGGUGCCGAUGCCGGGCUCUCUAAUCUAAUACCCGGAACCGUCCUUGAAGCCUUCGUGCCUGGUUACGGACUGAUCUCUCGCUUUAUCUUGCACGUAUUCGGCUUCGACAUUGGCAUCGUCGUCUCCCUCGGACUGGCCGUGUUCGCCACUGCCACCGCGAUAAGAUACCUCAAGCAAUGGGGCAAAUCAGUCUUUUUCAACUAUCUCACGUCCGAUGUGCACAUAGAGCAGGAGGACGACCUGUUCGACAAUGUCCUGGAGUGGAUUUCUCAGCAACACAUGGCACAGACCGUCCGCACCAUAAAGGCAGCGACCCGUCCGGUGGAAGGAAGCACUUCGGAAGGUGGGAACGACCAGAAGCAUCAACAGUCCUCUGGAAAUGGAGGAAUUUUUCACUAUGGGCAGUGGGAGGCACAAAUACCACCGCGUUAUGAACCGCACUUUGGCAGGGUUAGAUUUUGGCAUCGAGGUCGUUUGUUCUUCUUCACCCGUUACCAGAAAGACAAUCAGCGCAGGUCAUUGCAUUUUUCGUAUGGCAAAGCCGCCGACGAAGAAGGGAUCACUCUGACUUGUGUCGGGUUCUCCACGAAACCUGUCAGAAGACUCCUCGAGCUCAUCAAGAUGAAAUCCUUUGACAAACAAAAGUCCAUGACAAAGAUCCGUCGUCCUUCCGGGAAGGAAAGUCGCUACGGCGGCGCGUGGUAUCGCAUCUCCACCCGGCCCUCUCGUCCCCUCGAGACCGUCGCCCUCGACAAAGCGCAAAAGGAGAGGAUCGUCGCCGACGUGAACGAGUAUCUGCACCCAGCGAGCCCAAGAUGGUACGCCACACGCGGCAUACCCUACCGCCGCGGCUACCUCUUCCACGGUCCACCAGGCACAGGCAAGACGUCUCUGAGCUUCGCUCUCGCCGGCAUCUUCGGCCUAGACAUCCACGUCAUCUCCCUACUCGACUCCACCCUCACAGAGUCCGACCUCAGCCGCCUCUUCAACUCCCUGCCACGCCGGUGCAUCGUGCUGCUCGAGGACAUCGACACCGCAGGCCUCCUGCGCGACGAGAAAAGCGACGAGGCCAAGGCUGACGCCGAGGCCGAAAAGAAGUCCAAAGACUCCACCGCCAAGAAAGACGAUGACGCCAUCUCCGCAAAGGACCUCGCCAUCGCACUCAAAACCGCCCAACGCAAGACCAAAGAAGACGAGGCAAAGAAGGGCAUCUCGCUCUCCGGCCUCCUCAACGCAAUCGACGGCGUCGCCUCCCACGAAGGCCGCGUCUUGGUCAUGACGACGAACCAUCCCGAGAAGCUGGACGAGGCGCUCAUUCGGCCGGGGCGUGUCGAUAUGCAGGUGGAGUUCAAGCUCGCAAGCCACGCGCAGAUUAGGGAGAUUUUUGUGCGGAUGUACUCGCGCGAGGAGGACAACGAGGUGGAGAAGUACGGAGGCGCCGGUGUCGCCAUGUUGAAGGCCGCUCGUGGCGACGCCGUCGCGAACAGCUCGGAGCUCAAACAGCGCCAUGGCAAGCAGCUCUCCGACAGCUCCAUCGACGUAGAUGUCGUGUCCUCCGCGUUCCAGCACGGCUUCCCACCGCGCGAGGAGCUUGAAAAAAUGGCGGCUGAAUUUGCGAGUCACAUCCCGGAGGAGCAGCUCUCGCCGGCUGACGUGCAGGGGUUUCUGCUCACGCGGAAGAAGGAGCCGCGGAGGGCGGUGGCGGAGGUCGCGGCUUGGAGGGAUGCCAAGUUGGAGGCGAAGGAGAAGGGGACGAAGGUUGUGCGGUUCUCGUGA